AAGCUCCCCAGCUCCCCGCCUACCAGGUGUCAACUCAACGGCAACUCGGCGACAGUAGAGAGCUCCUCCUGUCCUUACAACAACAAUGGCUACCGCCGAACCUCACCACCUUUUUCACGCUCCUAUUGCUGAUCAUUCGUUCUCAUCCGACAAAUCAGUUCUUGCCGUUGCCCGAGAGAACAAUGUGGAGCUUUACCAAAAGACAGGCAGCAAGUUCUCCCUGACCGAUGAGCUGAAGGGCCACGAGAAGACCGUCACCAGCGUGGAUAUCGCACCCAACUCGGGUCGCAUUGUUACUUGCUCGCAGGACCGCAACGCCUACGUUUGGGAGCAGACCCCCACAGGAUGGAAACCCACGCUGGUACUACUUCGAAUCAACCGGGCUGCAACUUUUGUGCGUUGGUCGCCAUCUGAGCAGAAGUUUGCUGUUGGAUCUGGUGCCCGCGUUAUUGCUGUAUGCUACUUUGAGGAGGAGAACGACUGGUGGAUUUCCAAGCACCUGAAAAAACCCAUUCGGAGCACCAUCACCACACUGGCUUGGCAUCCGAACUCUGUUCUCCUUGCAGCAGGCUCAACUGACUCUCAUGCGAGAGUCUUUUCCAGCUUCAUCAAGGGCGUCGAUACGCGCCCGGAGCCGAGUGCUUGGGGAGAGAGACUUCCCUUUAACACCAUCUGUGGCGAAUUUCUAAACGACUCUGCCGGUUGGAUUCACGGCGUGUGCUUCUCCCCAAGUGGAAACGCGCUUGCAUUCACCGGGCAUGAUAGCAGUGUCACUAUCGUGUAUCCUAGUGCCCCCGAGCAGCCUCCCCGCGCCAUGCUGAAUAUUUCGACACGUCUUCUUCCAUUCAACAGUUUGAUCUGGAAUGGAGAGAACGAAAUUAUCGCCGCUGGCCAUGACUGCGAGCCAUAUCGCCUUCGUGGAGAUGAAAAUGGUUGGCAAUUGGAGGGCACUAUUGAGAACAAGGCAGGAGCUGGCGCCGGCAGUGUCCGCGAAGAGUCUGCCCUGAACAUGUUCCGUCAAAUGGACUUGAAGGGACAGACGCAGGCCGACACGCAGCUCAAGACCGUUCAUCAAAACACCAUCAACACAAUUAGAGUCUAUGAGGAUACCGCUGGCUCCGUGCACAAAAUAAGCACAAGCGGAGUUGACGGCCGUGUCGUCAUCUGGACCAUCUGAGUUGGUUCUUGGGCUGAGCUUCAUACAAAUAGUCACAAAUAGAGAUAUAAUAAAGAGUAACAAU